ACAAUUUCAAGAAUCGGACAGCGAGGCAGAUGGACAACCGACCAUAGUUGAAGAGGCAGCGAUACGAGAAUCAGCUUCUUUCCCUGAACCGUCUGCUGCUGCUGGGCCAAGACAGCUACCUCAGGACCUCCUAACCAACUCAAGACAGAACAAGAAAAGCAAGCAACAGCUGAAGAAAGGCCCCAUGAGAAGAAAAAGAUAUCAAUCCAAGAGAUGACACCAAGUGAUGUGCAGGAGCUAUUCGAAAGCGACCCAGAAGUAGAGGUGUAUGCAGAACUAUUCAAAGAAAAUGAGAUCGACGGGACAACUCUUCUUGAACUGGACGAAAAGAUGCUGAAAGAAGAGCUUGGAAUUCAAGCCCUGGGAGCAAGAAUGAAGAUAAAGAGGAAGAUUUCGUCACUGAUAAAUCUUGAUGGGGUCCAGGCAAGACCAACAGUGCCAAUGUCGUCAAAGCUUGCCCCGAUUAGGAACUUCAGAGUAGAGUACUAUGACGACACGUCGGUGACAGUUUCAUGGGGUCCAUCAAGGGACGAUCUAGAUGGGUAUAAGCUAGAAAUCGCGAAGACAGAAGAGCCAGCUCUAGUAGUACACAGACAGACGUUGCCUCCAGAAGAUACUUCGGUGACUUGCAGUUCUUUGCAAAAUUCCACAAGCUACACCAUCAAACUGACGGCCCUGGCUGGGAUUUUGGAAAGUGACGCUGCCGUUUUGACCAUCUUCACAAGCGAAGAAUACACAGACACCAUCGUACGCGAAGAAUACACAGACACCAUCGUACGCGAAGAAUACACAGACACCAUCCCAAAUCCAAGAGCAAGGUUUCGCAGCAGCCGAGCCGAGUCGACGUCAUCCCUUGAUUUUUUGACGGCCGGCCCGUUAUACCAGGAGCUGCGAAGUGAGCGGACUCCAUCCAUUCACAAGGGGGCACGGUACGAAACCCCGAUAGUCGUCUGGAAUUCUAAUCUUGGACAGAAUUGGUCAACCCUCCCUGAAGUCGUCAAGAGCAACGUCAGGUACGAGAUGUCCACACAGCAACGACAGCUGCAAGAAGCCAUCUUUGAAGUCUUGAAGACCGAGGGGUCAUACCUUCACAGUAUGACCAUCUUUGUCCAGCACUUUAUGUCGGAUGAAGAAUUGAGAAGGUCGAUCAAGUCAAGUGAGUACAAGGCGUUGAUGUCAAACUCGGGAGAAGUAUUGAAAGCAAGCCAGCUGUUCUUUAACGACCUGAAAGCACGACAGGAGAAGAAUGUGGUGGUCAAUGAUAUUUGUGACAUCAUCGUAAAGCAUGCCAAGAAGGGCUUCCUGGUUCCUUACAAGAACUACUGCAAGAACCUGCCUCUUCAGGAAAGCACCUUGAAGUCCCUCACUGAAGGAACGCAGAGUCAGGAAUUGAAUCAGAAUUUUUGCGAUGCCCUGAAGAAACUGGAGAUGGACGAAAGAUGCGGGAAGCUACCCUUCAGCUCGUUUCUCUUGCUACCGAUGCAGCGCAUCACUCGAUUCCCUCUGAUGGUGGAACGAAUCAUGAACAUGAGAGAGGCAGACACGAAGCUCUUUAACACAGCUUUGGACGCUCUCACAGCUGUAAGGAAUGUCUCCAAGCAGUGUAACCAAGCCACACGUAAAGAGCAACAGAUGAUAGAGCUAGAAGAUCUCGUGAAGAAGUUGGCUUUUGACAAAGUCAAUCCAAACUUCUCUCUUCUCAACAAAGAGCGUUCGAUCAUCAAACAGGGUGAGCUGACGUGGAUUCCAGAAAGAGGGAAGAAGACUAAGACUUACAUCGUACUCCUGACUGACUACUUGUUGGUGACUAAGAAGAAGGAAGAUAAGAAGGAAGGAGGUCGCCUGAGUCUAAGAAACUUCUGCAAGCGAGACCGUGUUGCCGUACGCGAAAUCGACAGCAUCUAUGACAGCUGUGAAGAUCUCUCAGUCGCAAAGAAGGAACAGAGAGGGUUCAUGUCCUGGUUCUGGUCCAAACCGGUAGAGGAGAACUUCAAGUUCAGCGUAACCCUCCUCGAGGACUGCAAAGGGAAGCAAGAAGAGAUGGUGUUCGCGGCGAAAACCCCAAGCGAGCUUACACGUUGGGUUGAGGCUUUCCAACAGCUAGGAACAGACGAGGAAGAAGGGAGGAUCUACCCGAAAGAGAACUGUCCCAUCGUUCGAGUCAUCCUCCGCAGGGAUCCAGAGGAGCCCGACGAGCUGGCCCUUGAAGAAGGAGACGCUCUCUUUGUCCUACGUAAGAAGCCAGACGGUUGGUGGUUUGGGGAGACCAUGCAUGACGAGAGACGAGGAUGGUUUCCGGCAACGGUGGUGGAAGAGGUCAGGGAAAGCGAUCACUUCCGGGGCAAGGAGCUUAGGAGGGAAUUCACACUGAGUCAGCUAAAAGAAGGACAGGACCAAGAAAUCGAUAAACACACGUACACCGUGCUCUACGACUAUGAAUCAGACGUGCCAGAAGACCUCAAAAUCAAGAAGGACCAGCGCCUAAAAAUCAUUGACUACAGAGACGGGAAAUGGUACAAGGCUCAGUCGUUGGAUACCUUGGAGGUGGGGUUGGUUCCAUUCAACUACGUGACACCUCUAAACGAACUGCAAGGACUGGAGUAAAUAUUGAAACCCAUUCCUUUUUUUUCGAAUCAUGUUAUACAUUUAGACAUGGUAGGCAACAAGAUAUAUUUUCAAAUUCAAAAUGUAAAUCAUUUAUUGUAUUCGUGUAUG